GUACUCUUGAUUUCUAAACACAAGAUAUAGACACAUCAACAAUCGGAAAGAAAUUUGUAAAAUUAUUUAAAAAUAAUGUUGAACAUUCAAACUCAUAUGGAUUAUGAAGGCCAAGCAAGAGCCGAAAAAAUAUCAAGAGCAAUCAUCACAGUUUUUGGUUUCGUUGGGCUGAUUUUCGGAGCCGUAAUUCAACAAUUUUCUCAGACGAUUUACAUUUUGGCUGCUGGAUUUGCUUUGGCAUUAAUCAUUACCAUUCCGCCUUAUCCACUGUAUCAUAGUUAUGUCAAAUCAUAUUUAAAAGCAGUAAUACUGGGUCGAGUUAUUGCAAAUGGCUUGAGAAUGAAAUCUUUAGGCGUUCAUAAUAAACAAAUUGUCAGACAUAGUAGUGGAUGGUUUUACCGAACGAUAAAAACUGAUCACCCAAAGUCGGUUUUGAUUGCAGCAAAUGUAAUUAGUGGUAUUAUGUGGUGGUGGGUCAUGUGGCAUCUUUGGCAUGAACCUGAACAUAUUAUCGGAGAAUUCGAUUAUCCAGAUCCUUCAAAGUGGACAAAUGCUGAACUUGGAAUACCUCCAGAUGAUUUUGAAGAAGAAAUAAGCGAACUUGAUUAGAUGGUUGAUAUCCAUGUAAAUAAGAAAUUAUUCAUAUGAAUAAAAUCAUGGUAAAUUUAGUAAAAUACAUUUAUUUGA